GUCACCUAGACAGUGAUAGUAGGAUUAAUAGCAAAAAAUCAAUCAUGAAAUUUUUGAAGAAUUUGGCUGAAGCCUGUCCUGAAGAGCAGAGUAGAUUCUUCAGUUCCUUCGACCAUUUUUUAACUGAUCUGGAUGGGGUCAUAUGGAUUACUUACGAACCCCUACCAGGUGCAGCCGAAUUCAUCAAUAGCCUCAAGAAACAAGGCAAAAAAAUCCGAUAUAUUACCAAUAACGGUUUAGUAUCCGUCGAGAACAUAUGGAACAUUUUGAAGAAGAACAAUUUCGAUGCAGAAAUCGACGAUCUGGCAACACCGAUCACAUCCGGCAUCGCUUAUUUGAAACGAGAAAAUAUUAAGAAGGCUAUUUUUGCUGUAGGCACUAAAGAAUUCAAGGAGGAACUGAGGAAAGCGGGACUGAAUGUAUACCCAGAUCCACCUCAAGUAAUCGACGAAGCGAUACCAAGUUUACUAGAACAUUUGCAAGACGAUGAGAAUGUUGGAGCGGUUUUUCAGAAUAUUGAUCCGAAUUUGACAUUUGUCAAGAUGCAAAGGAUGGCGACCUUCCUGAAGAGAGAAGACUGUCAUUACAUAGUUGGCCCUGGUGACAAAUAUAUUCCUGCUGGUCCUUUGGGGCCGAUUAUAGGCACUUAUCACAAUAUUCGAUGUAUCGAAGAAAUUAGCAGCAGAAAAUCAACACCGAUAGCCAAGCCAUCGCAGUUUUUCGCAGAUUUCAUCACUGAAAAAUUUGGAAUAUCAGAUCCGAAACGAGUCCUAUUUGUUGGAGAUUCGAUACCCCAAGACAUGAAUAUGGCUGCAAUGGCUGGUUUCCAAAAACUCCUGGUUUUGACAGGAGUUACCACCAUACAGGAUGUUCGAUGCUGGCAAUACCCUGAGGAGUAUAAACCGGAGUAUUAUGUGGAAAGUUUAGAUGUUCUAAAUGAUAUUUUCAAAUCAUUAGGAGGAAAUUGUUGAAGUGUAAAAAGUGAUUUUAUACCUUAAAAUUUCUGAAGAUUGCCGGAAACUUGACAGAGACGUGUAAUAAUUUAUAAUCAUUGGCAUAUUAUAUGGUAUAUUUGUCAACAGAGCGUAUGAUUUGAUUCAUAUAUUAUUUUUCAAGGUUAU